CUUUGUUCGCUGACUCACUUUGUUGCCAUGGGUCAUUCUCGCCAGCCUUGCCAACCGUUGACAGAAGGUUAUGGCAACCGUAUGACGAGAAAUUCUGAAAAAAAUGAUACAAAAACAAUUUCGUCCUGUGCUAAACUUUGGGUAACGAGGAUACUCGGUGAAAGAGGGGAGCAGCCGCCGCGUCGUUGGAAGCAUACCUCCAGACACCGAGAGGGCGCCCAAUCCUCAGCGUCGGUGCCCGACACAUCGAUUUCUACGCCGUCAGAUCUCUCGUCUCAGUCUCUUGAACCUGACGUACGCUCACCGCCAUCUAGCGUUUUACGAUACGAAAAGCACAGGAACACUACAUGUGCUUCGAAAUUGCCUGUCUCAGAGUUCCGGCGAAAUCAGCACUCUUUAAAUUGGAAUUGGACUCUCUUCACACAGGAACUCGAAAUAAUGUUGCCUCACUUACAAUUGAUUGACGACGGAGGCUCAGCGAACAUAUACGCCACGUUAUUCCAGACUGACGAAGGCUUGGACACCUUAGCGAUCAAGAUUUUACGAAGACAGCGAGGCAAGAAUGCGGAUGUUCCCAUCGAGUCACAGGAGCUUAAAAUAAUGAGUAGUGUUCAGCAUAACCACAUCGUUGCUUAUGUUGGAUCAUGCUACCCCAAUGGACAGGUGGCUUUACUUAUGUACCCCGUGGCCAUAUGCAAUCUCGCGGAUUGUAUUCGUAGUGCUUCGGAGAUGAACCAUUCUCGAUCGGGAGUUGAUCCCCACCUCUCACGUACAUUGCUGAAAGCGUUUGGAUGUCUUUCAUCUGCGGUCAAGUAUUUACAUGCUACCCUCAAGAUCAAGCACAAGGACAUCAAGCCAGAGAAUAUUCUUGUCACCAAACACGAUUCUGUUCUUCUGGCGGACUUUGGGAUCUCAAAACAGUAUGAAGACUGGGCCACUACCAACACUGACGGCGAAACAUCAUUCACCAACAAAUACGCCCCGCCAGAAGUAGUCGACCACAAAAACCGGGACCUUUCUGCGGAUAUAUGGUCUCUUGGCUGUGUCUUUCUGGAAAUCUUGACUGUUGUCGUGGGCGAAAGCUUGGACAAUCUGGCUCGAGUGGUCUUCAACAGCAGUGAUCGGUCGAGUUAUCGCAAUUCCCAGCCGAGUGUGAUAAGCUGGAUCAAACAACUGAAGGUAGUCGCGGCACCACGCACCAAAUCUAGAUACUUCAACCGACAAUCGCCAAGUAGUAACGAGCACCCAGGCGAGUGGCAAGCUUGUUCUACCGAAAUUUCCGAUAGACCCAAUUCAGGCGGCUAUUAA